AGAGGAGAGAGGCCGAGCCGCGAGCCCACCCAGCACCACGAGCGCUCGCUCACACACUUCCCGCACCUCCCACCCAACCCAUCCACCCGCCACCGCCGCCCGAUCCCUCCCCCCACCUCCCCGCUCGCCGGAAUGGCGGGCUCCUCCGCGGUCUGGGCCGCGCACCACGCCAGCUGCAGGCCCCACCAACCAUCCUCCUCCUCGUCCCAGCGCCCGCAGGCCCGCCUCCUCCCCCUCCCGCCCAGGCGGGGCGGCGCCUCCCUCGCGAGGCCGCGCGCGAGCCUCGCCGCCGCCGCCGCCACCGCCACCGCCACCGCGGCGCCGGCCAGGACGGCGUCGGAGGAGGCCGUCUACGAGGUCGUGAUGCGGCAGGCGGCGCUCGUGGAGGGCGGCGUCGCGAGGAAGGGGGAAGCGGCCGGGGCGCGGCGGCGGCAGCGCCCGCGGUGGGCCGAGGAGAAGGAGGAGGAGGGGCUCCGCGGGUGGGGCCUCCUCGGCGACGCCUACGACCGCUGCGGCGAGGUCUGCGCCGAGUACGCCAAGACCUUCUACCUCGGCACACAGCUUAUGACUCCUGAGAGGCGCAAAGCUGUCUGGGCAAUCUACGUAUGGUGCAGAAGAACCGACGAGCUUGUGGAUGGUCCUAACGCGUCUUACAUUACACCAACUGCUCUUGAUCGGUGGGAGAAGCGGCUAGAAGAUCUUUUUGAAGGCCGUCCGUAUGAUAUGUACGAUGCAGCCCUCUCAGACACGGUGUCAAAGUUUCCGGUAGAUAUCCAGCCAUUCAAAGAUAUGAUUGAAGGAAUGAGGCUUGAUUUGUGGAAGUCGAGAUACAGGACCUUUGAUGAGCUCUACCUCUACUGCUACUACGUCGCUGGCACAGUUGGCCUUAUGACAGUCCCUGUGAUGGGCAUCGCCCCGGACUCAAAGGCCUCAACUGAGAGCGUGUACAAUGCUGCACUGGCUCUUGGCAUCGCUAACCAGCUGACGAAUAUUCUCAGAGAUGUAGGCGAAGAUGCAAGGAGAGGGAGAAUAUACCUUCCACUGGACGAGCUUGCACAGGCAGGUCUGACGGAAGAUGACAUUUUCAGAGGGAAAGUGACCGAUAAGUGGAGGAGGUUCAUGAAGGGCCAGAUUCAGCGUGCCAGGUUGUUCUUCGAUGAGGCUGAGAAGGGCGUGGCCCAUCUAGACUCUGCGAGCAGAUGGCCGGUCCUCGCGUCUCUGUGGCUGUACAGGCAGAUCCUCGACGCCAUCGAGGCGAACGACUACAACAACUUCACCAAGCGCGCCUACGUAGGCAAGGCGAGGAAGCUGCUGUCACUACCGGUAGCGUACGCAAGAGCAGCUGUUGGCUCAUGAUGCGUCUGUAGAUCAGAUGUUCGUUUUUUGUUUUUUUUCCUUCUUCUCUCAGCUUGGUGUUCCUUGUUUCUUCUUUCAUUUUUGGGAGAUCUCUUGGCUGUUGUAUAUAAUCAGCUUCAGCUGCCUGCAUGGCUUAAGCCUGUCUGUCACAAACAGUUUUUAGUCUAGGGGACUCAUUCCAGGUCCCUCAAUACUCAGCUCUUGUCACGACACAGAAUGGAAAGAAAGUUAGAAUUCAAUCAAGAAGCAUUAUCUGUUAUGGAUAA